UAGUCAAAGGUGUAUGCCUGUUUUUCUUUUCUUUUUGACCGUUAUCUGUAUUUAUAUCUUCCCCGUCAGAGUACAAGCACGACAUUGAGAGCCCUAGCUAACAGCAUCUAAGUUAGCGAUAUGGCACUUUCUAAAUAUUUUAAUGCGAGCUAGUCUGGAUCUUCUUCUACGGAGGUUUUCUACGUAUGGUAUAUUUGCCGGUCUUGAGCUUAGGCUAAAUUAUUUCGCGAUCACGAUUUCACUUACCCUCCCACGCUUUCCGUACCCGACGUAGUAACACGGAAGCUAUAUUGCACAUUAGACAAGCUCAUCCACCGGAAGACUUGAGCGUAUUUCUGAUGAACCCAAGGCGGGAUAAUCAUUACCAGAAUAAAUACCACCUACCUCCAGCACUUUGGUAAUGUAACUUGACAUCCUUGUCUUCUAGCUGUGGAAUCUCUUCCAACAUCGUACCCGUAUCUAUUGUCAAAAGUGCUUUCUACCGAAGGGUCAUUACGAUAUCUUAAAGUCAGCAUUACUCAUGAUGCUAUUCCAGCCCUUUGCAGUUGCGCUCCUUACCGCAGUCGCCUCGGCCAGUCCCGUAGCUCCGCGGCAGUCAUCGGGACCUGGCACGACACUGCAGGCGGGAUGGUACUGGGUUCGCGCGGUGGCCUCACCCAAUUUCCACAAAUACCUCCAGACAAAGCCGGCGAAUGCGCCAGGCACGGCCAUCCUGGAGAGCUACACGACGGCAGGGCAGUACAAUGUCAAGGAUGGGCAGCUAGUAGCCAACACGGGCGAAGGGGGAGCGCCGCUAUAUUUACAUGUCGAGAAGCCAGCAGACCUAGCAAACCCGCCGCGAACGCUCGCCACCUCAUUCAACACGACCGAGAAUACAUUUGGCACUUUUGUCUUCCAAGGAGACGCCCUUACUUGGAGUGUACCGGACAUCAACCGUCAGAACCUGGCCGCUUGGCUUGUCUGUAAAGACCAGGCGCUAUUUAUUAACACCGGCGCCUACGGCUAUCAAACACCUAGUGGAUGCUCGGAUCAGACUAUCCAUUACUACAAUGACGCGCAUGCGAAUGAGUGAUGCAUGGCCUAUUGGAUUGAAUACUAGCAGGCAUUUGCAUAUAAGUAUCGAGAUAAAGUUGAAAGACACGCAUCGUCAAUAUAUUAUACUCGGAACUGACGGUGUUGUGAGUUUAUGGUAUUUAUGUAGCGCAUUUAACCUAUCUGCUCAUGGCAAGUCUUGCUACACAAUCAAUGGAGUGUAACUAAGCAAUAUUCCAAUGUGUACUUAAGUACUAUACACCUCUGAGUUACUACGUUGAAAUUUGAAUUAUCCUACACCUAAGCACAA